AUAUUUAAUAUAUAUGUAUUGAUUUUAUACAAUAUAAAAUCAAUGAUAUCAUUUUAUUUCACAAGUUCAUUUAGAUGUUAUUUUCACAAAGCGACCAACUAGAAGUUUUUUUUUUUUUUUUUGGUUAUUUUAACGGAGAAAAUAGGAAACGUUUACAACCGACUUGGACUUGGAGCAUAGCUGAAUCCCGUACCAGACAGCACGCCACCAGACCGCUGCCAAUGAAAAUUGGCCAGCUCGCACAACACGCGCCUACGCCUGAAAUUCAUAGAAAGAAAAAGAUAGAAAAAAAAAAUGCUGUGAAAAAGGGUUUUAGGCUUUCUUCUUCCUCUUCUUUUAUUAUAAACCGUUAUCGAACGCCCAGAGUCUUAUUUGCAGAUUAUGUUGCAUUGUAAACCCAAUUAUAUCGGGUUAGUGAUUGAUUUUUAUUUUUUUAGUAGUUCAUUUACUUAACACGUUGAAUUAGACCCUUUUUGUGUUUUAUAAUUAGGUCCAGUAUAAUGUAAAUGAAGUGAAUGAUAAAAUGAAUAUAAGGCUGAAAAAAACAUGUGUAGAGAAGUAAAGAAGAGAAUGUGUUAAAGGUGAAAGUGCAAGGAAGAAAAUGAGCUUUUGUCUUUGUGAGAAAAAGCACAUUUUUGUCUUACACUUCAUUUUGUUUCACCGUGAUGCAACCAACUGGCGAAACCCGCCAUUUUGUGAACAAAAGGAGGAUGUGGAUGAAAAGGAAGAAGCAGCUUUCACUGUCAAAUACUCCCUCCCAUAUCCACUUGGACCACCUCCACCAAGCAACGCCGUCAACUCCUCUACUAGACCGAAUCAGUGAAUUACCCAAGGACGUCCUUUGCCACAUUCUAUCCUUGUUGCCCAUGCAAAUGGCUAUCCAAACCAGCAUCUUGUCAACAAGGUGGCGCCAUCUCUGGAAAUCCACCCACGUCGUAGAUUUCCACGAUUUACCCUUCUCUGCCAGGAAACCUGUUGACUAUACUCCCAUCACCCGCUGCUUAGACAGCCUUGAAUCUCCUAAUAUCAAAUCAUUCACCGUUGUUGGUCACAUUGGCCACCGUUCUCAUCCUGAUGUAAGAAGAUGGGUCGAGUUUGCAUUUUCCAAAAACGUCGAAACUCUGAGGAUAGGUCUCAUGCAAAUUUCUUUUCCGGUCAAAUUCUCUCUGUUGCCAAGAUCUUUUUUUACCAAGAACGAUCAAACUCAAAAGAUAAAGGUUCUUCUUCUAAGCCAUGUUGACUUUAUACCACCUCGUGGGGUGACGUUUUCUGGGUCUGGGUUUGUUUCUCUUCAGUCGCUUUCUUUAACAAAUUGUAAACUUGUUGACGGGACUGUGGAGUCUCUUCUUCGUAAAUGUUUGGUUCUUGAGGUUUUGGUCCUCGAUAGUUGUUUUGGGCUUAUUAGGGUUAACAUCAGUGGUCCAAAUCUUAAGCUGAAGCAGCUUACUUUCAUGAGGAACCUUUUUGACGAGGAGGAGGAUAUGUUAUUCGAAGUUGACGCUCCUGGUCUUGCAACCCUGAAGUACUCGGGUGACUUAACCAUGAUUCGUUUGAAGAACUGUGAGGGACUAGGGGAAAUAAUCCUACUAGGGGAGUUAGAAGAAGUUCAUCAGGAAAUCAUUAACCACAUUAGUGAAUUGAUCAAUCAAGUCACUCACGUGAAGAUUUUGGGUGUUAAUUUACAGUUUCUUCAGUUCGUGGGCAGUGAGUUCUACACGAGGGGCCUUCCAUUCUUAAUAUUCCAAAAUCUUCAGCAUCUGAUUUGGUGUGGUUCACUGAAGUCUCAAAAUGCAGUUUACAACCUUGUAUCCUUUCUAGGGGAUUGUCCUUGUCUUGAGACUUGUGAAAUAGAUUUUCGGCAGCAGUAUUAUUGGGCUGCAUUCUGCGAGACCGUAUGGGAGAGUAUUCUGAAACCUACAUUUGUCAUGGGCGAAGGUGCACAAUAUCAGCUGAAUCAGGGUAGAUAUCUGAAAAAGCUUAAAUCGGUUAGAGUCCUGUGCUUUUCAGGCUUUGAUGGUGAAAUGAUGCUGGUGCAGUUGUUGUUGGGAAAGGCUGUGAAUCUUCAAAAACUCGAAUUGCUUUGGCAGAAUCAUCCUAGUGACAUGACUGACAAUGUGUUGCAGAUUGUCAUUCGGCAAACUUUACCUAAAAGGUACCCAAACCCAGAUCUUGUAGCUACACAUUUGAAGAAAACUUGGAUUGAAGACUGGGUCACUCGUUUGCCCAGAGCUUCGCCUAAUGCCCAAGUCCUAUUCAAGAGCAGAUGGAAAUUUUGAAACAGGAUCGCAGGGAUAGUUUUGGCGUUCAGAACUAUUAUACUCACAAGAGAAGACUGUUGCAAACAAUCUAAAGAUUCAACAUCAAUGGAGUGAUCAUCUGGCCAUUCAGAUACUACGUGUGUUUUCUGUUCUUCCUUUUAUCAACCUACGUGUAGGAACUAGAUCAGACAACUUUAAAUAGAAAUGUUUGAAUUUUAGACCCCUACAUGCACUCCUUUAUCAUUUACAUCUGUUGUAUAGUUCAAGGAACUUUUACAUGUUGGUUUUUGGGAAGAACCUGAAAUCCAUAUGAACGAUCAUUUGAUCAAUUUCUUCAUGUUUCCUUAGGCAGUUAGGCAAAUCACAUUCUGCUUUGAUUUCUAGUAUGGAGAUGCUUAUUAACUCUCAUUUCUUUAAUUUUCCUUUGUAUGUUUGGAAUGUCUUUUCCAGACUAUAGCACAGCACGUAGUUGUUCUUGCAGAUGCAAGUUGGGCUGAUGACACCUGCUGUCCUAGGCGUACAGUCAUGGCUUCUAUGUAUAGUUUGAAGUUUAACUGCUUACCUUCCACAUUGUUUGCAUUCAAAAAUGAAUAUGUGUUCUCUUAACCCUAAAUUUUUUAUUAUAACUCCUUAAAUGUACCCAUUGUUAAUCUGAAUUAAUUCUCAACCCCAACUAAUCUUCAUG